AUGAAUUUUUAUGUCUUAACCGCUUCUGAAGAUGAUAGCAUUCCCAUCGAAAUAAAGUAUGUAUCGAGCUUUAGUGUUAGUUCAACUUUAUAUCCAACUCUACAUCGAGCAUUUCAUUGUAAAGAUAAGCCACAACCGGCGUCUCCUACACAAAUGCAAACACAGAUGACAUGUCGGGUCAUAAAAUUCAUUUCAGUUUAUUCAAUUGACAAGUGUUAUCACAUAUCAGGGAUUAUUGCAUUUAAUGUAAUAAAAUUCACAACAGACUUGAUUACUGAAUCAUUCAAAGAUUCAAGACCGUUAAACUGA